CACCGCGCGCGCGCGCGCCCGCGUCCCCUGUGCAGGAAUAUGCCUGCUCCCUAGUUCCUGGGCUGGCAUAAUGACCGCAGUUCGGUGUGGCUGCGUGUUUGUGUUUGCAGAAGGCUAAAACUUGCAUUCUCAGCGCUCGCCCUAGUCUUUCAAAGCCGUUCCCAUCAGAUCCUCUCGUAAUUGUGGUUAAUCAUCCUGACGAAUGUGCAGAAAUUUGCAACUAGUCGGAGCGCUGCAGCGGCUUUGAUCUUGGGCUGCAGAGGAAGUGCCAGGCGGGUUUGGCACAAUGACUUGCCAUACAGGGCCUUAGCAGCGUGGCAAAAGUUGGCUGUUUUCAAGUUGUCUUUCCCCUUCCCCCUGUUCCUUCACCUCUGGGAUAUCUGAGCUGGCUUCUCUUCCCUGGGCAUUCCUUUCCUUCUCCCACUUGCUGCGGAAAGGACCAGUCUACCAUGGCCGGGGACAGACUUCCACACAAAGUGAUGGAUCCCAAGAAACUUGCCAGCCUCUUGAGGAGUGGGACUGAAGGAAUGUUGGUCAUUGACAGCCGCUCCUUUGUGGAGUACAACUCCUGGCAUGUUCUCAGCUCUGUCAACAUCUGCUGCUCCAAGCUGGUCAAAAGAAGGCUUCAGCAAGACAAGGUAUCCAUCACAGAGCUCAUCCAGCCAGCCUCCAGUAUAAAGGUAGAGGCAGAGAAACACCAAGAUGUUGUGGUCUAUGACCAGAGCACACGGGAUGUAAAUGGGCUGGCAACCGACAGUUUCCUCUCCAUUCUUCUGGGCAAGCUGGUUAGUUGCUUCCACAGUGUCUCCAUCCUCACAGGUAGGAUUGGGCAGCAGUUGGGGGGGUGGGGACUGAAACUUCUCUUCAUACUCCAGAGGCAGAGGCUCAUGUCCAUAUCCACACAGACUUUGGUAAAAUGA